AUGGCGGAGCUUAAAAACGACCAGAUCGAGGCUCCUAGAUCGUCCAAGAUCCCCUACUGGCGUCUGCUCGUGGAUCAGGGCGCUGUGACACAAGAGGUUAUCGAAUACCCGUAUCUUGGUUCAGGAACAGAAGAUGAUCCAUUCAUCGUCGAAUGGAUCCCCGACGAUCCCCGCAAUCCGAUGCUGCUUAAGAUGUCGACGAAAUGGGCAUACACCAUCACCGUCGCUUUCGCCACGCUGGGUGUGUCACUGGCUUCGUCUGCCUAUGCUGGAGGUAUCGAGGAGGUUCUGACUUCGUUUGGAGUGGGCGAGGAAGUGGCUACACUGGGUGUGUCGCUGUUCGUGCUGGGAUUCGCUGUUGGGCCGUUGUUAUGGGCGCCGUUGAGUGAGCUGUACGGACGGCAGAUUGUCUUUUUCAUAACAUACCUGGCUUUGGCUGUCUUCAGUGCCGGUAUUACAGGAGCGAAGAAUAUCUGGACGUUGAUAAUCCUGCGUUUCUUCGCGGGUUCCUUUGGAUCUUCGCCACUGACCAAUGCCGGUGGAGUUAUUGCUGAUAUCUUUUCGGCUGAAGAACGAGGAUUGGCGACUAGUCUGUUUGCUGGAGCACCCUUUCUCGGUCCAACUCUGGGUCCGGUGAUCGGAGGCUUUCUAGGCGAAAAUGCCGGCUGGCGAUGGGUGCAGGGCUUUUUGGCCACUUUUACCGGCGCAAUCUGGCUGAUUGAAACCUUUCUCGUCCCUGAGACAUAUGCACCAGUCCUCCUACGAAAGCGAGCGGAAAGACUGUCCAAGAUCAGUGGAAAGGUGUAUCUCAGUAAGUUGGACCGGGAUCGUGGCAAGGUAUCUGCCGGUGAUGCCUUUGGAGCUGCUUUGCUGCGGCCGUGGAUCCUCCUGUUUGUCGAGCCGAUUGUCCUGCUGCUUUCUACUUACAUGGCCAUCAUCUACGGAACGCUCUACAUGCUCUUCGACGCCUUUCCGAUUGUCUACCAGCAGAUGCGCGGCUGGAGCGAAGGCAUUGGCAGCUUGCCCUUCCUCAGCGUUAUGAUUGGAAUGAUGACCGCGGUUGUCUACAACAUGCACGAUAACAAACGAUAUGUCCGCGUCAGCAGAGAACACAACGGCUUCGCACCGCCUGAAGCCCGUCUCCCACCGACCAUGAUCGGAGGCAUCGCCAUCCCCAUCGGCCUGUUCUGGUUCGCCUGGACCAACGGACCCAGCGUGCAUUGGAUCGUGAGCAUCAUCGCCGCCGCACCAUUCGGCUUCGGAAUGGUCCUCGUCUUCUUGGGCAUCAUGGUGUAUCUCAUUGACUCGUACACCAUCUACGCUGCCUCCGUAUUGGCCGCCAACUCUAUCAUUCGAUCGUGCUUUGGUGCUGGGUUCCCUCUCUUCACCACCUAUAUGUAUAGAAACCUGGGCAUCCACUGGGCUUCAUGCAUCCCUGCCUUCUUGGCCGUUGCCUGUGUGCCAUUCCCUUUCAUCUUCUACCGGUAUGGAAAGCAGAUUCGACAAAAAUGCAAAUACGCCGCCGAAGCAGACGAAUUCAUGCGUAAACUGGCCGACAAGGCACUUGUGCCGGAAACUGAGAAGGUACAAGAAACCGAGCAAAAGGUGGCGGACGAUAGAGCGAUGGAUCGAGAAGUGCACGAUGCAGAGUCGAUUGCCUCCGUGUCGACGGUGGACGAAGAGCCUGUAUACCAGGCGAAUCCGUACGACAUCGACCGAGUCAACACGCGGAAUUCGGCCAUCACGCAGCGAUCGCGAUCGACCAAGAGCCGGCGGAAGAGGUUUUUGGGUGUUUUUUAAUAUUGUUUACCCUAUCCCGACAGAUUAUGUCUGAUAUAUUGAUACCCUGAUACCCUGUAUAUAGACCAUAGGCAAUAGAAUAAUGAUAAUGACUGCACUUUGACAAGACACCAG